AUGUCCAGAAUUUUGAGAAGGGGCGCUCUCUCCAACACUUCUGCCACCCUCAACGCGACCGCCUUCGCCGCUCGCAGGUCCUUCGCCGCCUCCGCCCUCCGGCUCGCCUCCCUCAAGGAGCCCGCCACUUCCCUGGACGUUGAGUCGCAGGAUGACACCGACGCCAGGCACACGGGUAUGGAGCGCCUCGAGAAGGUGCCCUGGACGAAGCUCUACGAGGGUGACGCUAUCCUGACCGGCAAGUUCGGUACUCUGGAGGAGCCCACCAUCGUCCACUCGUGGUUCCCCUCGCGCAUCGUCGGCUGCCAGGGCUCGGCCGACCACCCCCACGACAUUCUUUGGCAUGAGGUGCGCCGCGGACGCGACACCGUGUGCCUCGAGUGCGGCCAGGUCUUCAGGCUUCGCCCCAACCUCUUCCACCAGCUGUCCGAGGUCGAGGCUGAUCUCUUCCCCCCUACGGAGGCCAAGGAGUCUGCUGCCCACUAA